CCGGACAAAUCCACGGGCCCGCACACCAAGAAACAUCUUGCAAAGACGACUCCAGUAAGACAGGAUAACUAUGGUGUCGAUCCUUUCGCUGUUGACCAUACUUUCACUGGCUUAUACACGUACUCUGGCAUCCAAACCCAAUGUCAACGUGGAGAUAGCCGUGGGCGAUGUGUCGUCUGGUUCAGAACACAAGAUGGAGCGGGUCCUCCGCAGUAUCACCGGGUACAGCAACGAAGACAAGAUGGCGUUGGUGAACCAGCACAACCAGAACAGGAGACUUGUGAGCCCGACUGCCGCUAACAUGAAGCGAAUGAUUUGGGACGACAGUCUGGGUGCCACUGCGCAGGCGUGGGCCAAUGGCUGCGUUUAUUCCCACAGUACUUCCGGUCUGGGCGAGAACCUGUAUGCUCGGGCCGGUUCUGAACCUUCAGUGACGGGUCCGGUAGACGCUUGGUUCAGCGAGAAGGACUUCUACACGUACAACAUGAAGUCAUGUGACUCAGGGAAGAUUUGCGGUCAUUACACACAGGUGGCCUGGGCUAAGAGUAAUAAGGUGGGCUGUGGUAUAAAAUACUGUACCGCCAACUCACCGUUCGGUUCUUCCUACCCCAACUGGUAUCUGGUAGUCUGCAAUUACUCACCAGCGGGAAACUACAACUGGGAAUUCCCCUACGUCAGCGGCGCCCCCUGUUCUGGCUGUGCAGACAGCGAGGGGCUGAAUACCGGAGACUGUCGCAAUGGACUCUGUGUGACCAAAGAGGAGUGUCAGAGGGAUCCUUCUGCAUGUUCGGCCCCUAUUGUUUGUAACAAUCAAGUGAUAAAUUGUCAGAAUGGUGGCACGGCUAACUACGCGCAGUGUCAAUGUGACUGUCCGGUCAAUUACGGGGGAGCACAGUGUGAACAAGUACUGUGUAGCUUGGGUAGUUGCCAGAAUGGAGGGACUGCUAACUAUGCGUCGUGCAAGUGCGACUGUCCGGCGUAUUUUGGGGGUCAACAUUGUGAAAGUUAUGUGGACUGUCACCUGAUGGGUGUUGGCGGAAGUGACGCAAGCUACUGUGCCUCGUUUCCGUCUUGGUACUGCUCACCGGGCGUCAAAUUUACCGGCGAAGACGCGGAUAUACGUUUUAAGCACUGUCCAAAUAAGUGUGGAAUCACUUGUAACUAAGUCUCUAUGAAAAAAUACUGACGCCACCUGCUGUUAAUUACAUUUGGAAUUCUUGCUGUAUAGGUAUGCUUGAAUGUAUGUUUUUAUUUAGCCACUGAAUAUCCGGGGCAGUGCUAUGUACCAGAGUGUUCAAAUCUAGGAAAUGUUUAAAAUUAUUUGGCAUUCGGAGUUUUUACAUACAAAUUAAGGUGGAAUUGCAAAGGGUUGUUUGUUAAGACGAUAAAAUGUACUAGGCGUGUUUUUCCCUUUAGAUAUAUUGUCCUAUGUGUACUAUUUCUUUUGAAAAAGUUCAGAUAA